AUGUUUUCUGUCUGUACGCCUUCCUUUUAUAAUUUGUUUCUAAGUUAUAAUGGUUCCUUCUUCCUAGCUCUCCACUGCGGGUUGAGUCCACGGGGUAUCGAUCACCCUGCUCAUGCUGAAGGCAUUAAACUACAAAUUGAAGGUGAAGGUGUUGAAUCUCAGUCCAUUAAGAACAGAAAUAUCCAGAAGGUGUUGGACCAGAAAGGGACUCCCAAACGACUCCAGGCGGAAUCUGAGAUGGCUAAGUCUGCUACGGUGAAGCUGUCAAAGCCAGUUGCUCUCUGGACCCAGCAGGAUGUCUGCAAGUGGUUAAAGAAACAUUGUCCAAAUCAGUAUCAAAUCUACAGUGAGUCAUUCAAACAGCAUGACAUAACUGGGCGAGCCCUGCUGAGACUCACUGACAAAAAGCUGGAGCGGAUGGGGAUUGCUCAGGAGAACCUCAGACAGCACAUUUUACAACAGGUCCUCCAGCUGAAGGUGCGAGAAGAAGUCAGAAACUUACAGUUACUCACCCAAGGUACCCCUCUGCUUCCUAUUGGGUGAUUGGAAGGGGACUUGGGAGGAAAGAAAGCCGUGCUGUUGUGA